AUGGCAGGAAAUGCAAUUGCCUUCCUCCUAACUGCCCUAACCGCAGUUCCCUUGGCCAACGAUUUGUUCCCACAAUCUCGGGGGUCGUCUACAGUCGUCCGCGUGGCCGCCGGUCUGUCACUGCCCAGGGACGGCGACUACGCCAGGACUGGCGGCAAUACGCCAAGCAUCGCGCUGUUCGACGAGAGCGGCGAGCGCAUUGGCUUCAAAAGCGGCGCUCGCCACGGCAAGAUCGGCGAUGGCAAAUUCAAAGACAUCGUUGUUGAGCCCAUCAACAAGGACAACAGCCGCGCCCCGGCGUACCUCAGCGUGCCCAGCAGUGGCAACGACGCUCUCUGCAUAGCGGACAUCUACAUCACGCCGCCCAGCAAGGAAUUCUGGGCCUUCUUUGGAGACGUCCCCAAGGAGUGCGGCGUCGCGUGGUACCGUUCCAACCUCCCCGUCCAGCGUCAGAACGGUGACCCCUUCAAACCGAGAUGUUUUUGGAUCGACUCGCCCGACACUGGGAAGACUACAAGCAGCUUCCCCCAGGGGGCGGGCAUCCAUUUGACUGAUUUCACAGCCAACCAGGGCCGCGUUCAGCAGUAUCAGAUCUCCCGUGACACGAUGUGCGCCAGCGCCCCCCGGUUCUCGUUGUACUCCUCCCUGACCGAGAUGAAUUGCCUUCCGAUUUUUCCCCCAUUGACAUAUAAUGAGGAUGGCACCGAUACGAGCUUUGCCGCCCUCAAAACCCCCGGACAGGUGAUGUGCAGUCCCGGUCCGAACGAGAAGCCCACAGCGAAGCAGAUCCUGCAGCUGCAAAAGUGGACCGGUGGACGCGUUUCGACGCCGACGUACGGCGUUAAAACGCGAUCUGUGAAAGCCAGACAGAAUGACCGGGUUUGCUUCGCGGAUCAUCAGGUUGUGGUCGUGAGUGAACAUAGAGAGCACACAGCCAGCGAGCUGUGCAAGAGCACUUCGGCUGCGGGGCCGGAUUUUGUCUCGACCAAGGAAGGCCUGUUCUGCGACAUGUGUACCGGAGAACUAUGGCCAUUGUGCUCGAAGAAUGUUCCCACUGGGUGUUUUGAUGUGGACUUGAAGGUUAUGAGGGCGAGUGAUGGAGCUGUCACCCGUACCGGCCUUCAUGCCAGGGAUGUGAUUACUGGGAGGGACAUUCCAGAGAAGGAAUAUAAGAAGGUGGCGCAUUGGAAGUGA